UCUUUAUCUAAUUUGUUAACUGAUGAAUGGUAGACACAAUAGACUGACUGAAUUUACGUAGAUAAGAAGAAAAUCAAAUAAGAUCAAUUUCCAUCUCGUCUAGUAGAGUUAUACGAAUGAUCAAGUGAAGUUGUUCUUUUGAAAUUACCUAUUACAAUGUCACCAGUAGUUUUAUCCACGGUUAUUAGAGGUUCAGAUGAAUUUGAAGUGUUUCCUUUGCGACAAACAAAACAGAACAUCGUCAUAAGACAGAAAAAAUCAUUAAAGGGACCUUCCAGAGUAGUGAGAUUAUGCUUAUUAGGAGUUAUAUUACCAAUAAUGCUAAUUGCAAUUCCUCUCUACGUACGUCAUAGGAUUUAUAGGCAUCAACUAUAUCCACUCACUAUAUCAGAUAUGCGGAUAAUAGAUGGCAGAAUUUCAACCACCUGGUGUCAGCGUCAAGUCCUUAGGGCUAAUACAACUUUCAACGCUUUUCUUCUUCCGGAAACCCCAACAAUUUCUGGAAAGUUGGAACACUUCUCGAUGGUGCGUCAUUUGCUGCUAGAAGAUGACAUGAAAGAAUAUUGGGGUUUUUACUUACUCAAGGGAUCGGUGGUGAAAGUGUCUACUUGUGUUAGGUGGCCAGGGGCAUCACUGAUUGUCAUAAGAGGACACAAGCAUCUUCAUGAAUGUGCCUAUAUAGGAGAUAAUUCUUCAGAAGAAGCAGAUGAGACUGAACCAAAAGACGACGGUCCAGCAAAUAAACCCAAGGAAAUGCGUCGUCAUAGGCCAGAAGUACAAUUUUUCCAACCUGGAAGAAAUGAGGCAUUCGUUUCGAAUGAAUCUCUUAUUAGAGACUUACAAGAGGUCUCAAAUGAUGAUAUCUCCGACUCCGAUGGCGACAUAAAAGAAAUAUUGGCCAAUCUACAAAAUAAGACGAGAGAAGCAACCCAAUUUUAUAUGAAAGAAAAAAGUAAUCGACAUGGCCACAGGAAUUCAACAAUAGACAACGGAGAAAUAAAAAACUUCAACAUUACUUCCCCAACAUCUUUUAAGAACAUAACAUCUGAAGAAAUGGUGGAAGAUAUUCUACUCAAAUUGGAAAAACUUGGUGCUAAAAGCAAGAACAUAAUGGAUAAACUUAACAAAAAAUACAAUACCGCAAAGCAUGGGACCAAAAGGAAGCGAGAAAUCUUUUUGGAAACAGCGUCUGAUUUAACACAUCCUACAGAAGAGCAUGAAAAUAUAGCGAUAGAGGAGGGUUUUCAACCUGACGGCAUAGCAGACCAUCGAGGUAGGGUGCUUGAAAUGGAAACCAAUGACAUGAGUAACAGUGAAUUCUGGUCAUCAUUCUCGAGUUCUGAGGAGGCUCUAUUGAGCUGUACAGGCCUGAUCUUAAACUUGCCCCUCACGCCACAUCAUAAGUGUUCAUCGGAUCUCACUAACGAAGAAGCAGAAGAAACUUAUUUAAUGAACACUAUUUCUUAUAAGGUACCUAUGAAUGCUUACUACUUCUUUGUCUUCAAUAGUGAAAAUGAAGUGCAGCAAAACUAUCUCAGAGUGACUUUCAAUUUGGAGAAAAAAGUAUAUAACGUAUCGAAUCCACUAGCAAUGUGUUCUAAUGCGACGAAAAAUUGUUCAUUGGAUUUGAAGUUUCUGUCACAACAGAAAGUAGUAUUGCAGUUACCACAUAAUAAUGAGGAAAUACCUCCAAAUAUGGAAUUUGUUGCGGAAUCUGAAUGUGAACCACGAUCUAUGUUGUAUGCAUUCUUCGUUAUUUCUGUUCCAGUUGUAUUCAUCCUUUUUGCAUUCAUCUGAAUAAACUCUGAAUACAA